CCCCUGAUUUUGCAAAGAAGGCACCUCCUUCACUACAAGUUCUAGGACCUUCAGGUUCAGAAGGAAACUAUUUUGCCCUGUCACCUGGCACAAUGCAUCUAGCAGGACCAGUGUGAGUAAACCAGUCUGAGGCUUCUCUACAACAUGACCCACGGGGACAAAGCAGGUACUGUUUGCUGCCUGAAGAUUGCGACUCUUCUUGUGGCUCUAAGUCCAGAACUCCUAUUCCUGGGAGCUGGAGUGCAGCUUCGAGACAACGGGUAUGAUGGGUUACUCAUUGCAAUCAAUCCUCAGGUGUCCGAGGAUCAGAACCUCAUCCCAAACAUCAAGGAAAUGGUAACCGAAGCUUCUUUUUACCUGUUCAAUGCUACCAAGAGAAGAGUGUUUUUCAGAAAUAUAAAGAUUUUAAUACCUGCCACGUGGAAAGCUAAUAAUUACAGCAAAGUUAAACAAGAAUCAUAUGAAAAGGCAAAUGUUAUAGUGACUGCCUCAUCUGGGGCACAUGGAGGUGAUCCAUAUACCCUACAAUAUAGAGGGUGUGGAAAAGAGGGAAAACACAUCUAUUUCACACCUGACUUUCUACUGAAUGAUGACUUAACAGCUGGCUAUGGAUCACGAGCAAGCUACAGUCUUUGCAACUCAUUAUUAUAUGAGCUAGUGAAGAAGAAACACAAAAACACAAGUAUUUCUAAAAUAGACCUAAUUUUUCUUUCUAUUUUUAGGUGCUCAUCUGACAUCACGGGCAUAUUUGUGUGUGAAAAAGGCCCUUGCCCCCAAGAGAACUGUAUUACCAGUGAGCUUUUCCAAGGAGGUUGCAUGUUUUUAUACAAUAGCACGCAGAAUGCAGCAGCAUCAAUAAUGUUCAUGCAAAGUCUAUCUUCUGUGGUUGAAUUCUGCAAUGCGAGUACCCACAACCAAGAAGCUCCAAACCGACAGAACCAAAUGUGCAGCCUCAGAAGUACGUGGGAUGUAAUCUCAGACUCCACUGACUUUCAUCACAGCUCUCCCAUGAACGGGACUGAGCUUCCGCCUCCUCCCACCUUCUCCCUUGUCCAGGCGGGGGACAAAGUGGUCUGUUUAGUGCUGGAUGUGUCCAGCAAGAUGGCAGAGGCUGACAGACUCCUUCGACUGCAGCAAGCGGCAGAAUUGUACUUGAUGCAGAUUGUUGAAAGUCAUACCUUUGUGGGCAUUGUCGGUUUCAACAGCAAAGGAGAGAUCAGAGCCCAGCUACACCAAAUUAACAGUGAUGACGACCGAAAGCUGCUGGUUUCACAUCUGCCUGCCACUGCGUCAGCUGACCCAGAGACCAGCAUCUGCUCAGGGCUUAAGAGGGGAUUUGAGGUGGCUGAAAAACUGAAUGGAAAAGCCUAUGGCUCUGUGUUGAUAUUAGUGACCAGUGGACAUGAUGAGCAUAUCAGCAACUGCUUACUCACUGUGCUCAGCAGUGGUUCAACCAUUCACACCAUUGCCCUGGGUGCAUCUGCGGACAAAAACCUGGAGGAACUUUCACACCUUACAGGAGGUUUAAAGUUCUUUGUUCCAGAUAAAUCAACCUCCAAUAGCAUGAUUGAUGCUUUCAGUAGAAUUUCCUCGGGAACUGGAGACAUUUUUCAACAAUGUAUUCAGCUUGAAAGUGUGGGUGAGAAUGUUAAACCUCACCAUCAAUUGAAAAGCACCGUGACUGUGGAUAACAGUAUGGGCAAUGAUACUACCUUUCUAGUCACAUGGCAGGCUAGUGGGCCCCCUGACAUUGAACUGUUUGAACCUAAUGGGAGAAAAUACUACACACAUAAUUUUACCAUCAAUCAAGCUUUGAAGACUGCUCGCCUCUGGAUUCCAGGAACUGCUCAGCCCGGACCCUGGACUUAUGCACUGAACAAUACCCACCAUUCUCUUCAGUCCUUGAAAGUGACAGUGACCUCUCGUGCCUCCCACUCGGCUGAGCCUCCUGCUACUGUGGAGGCCUUUGUAGAAAAAGACAGCACCUCUUUUCCCCACCCCGUGAUGAUCUAUGCCAAUGUGAGGAAGGGGUUUUACCCCAUCCUCAACGCCACUGUAACUGCUACUAUUGAGCCAGAGACUGAAGAGCCCGUUACGCUGAAACUUCUUGAUGAUGGAGCAGGUGCUGAUGUUAUAAAAAAUGAUGGAAUUUACUCGAGGUAUUUUUUCUCCUUUGCUGUAAAUGGUAGAUAUAGCUUGAAAGUUCAUGUCAAUCACUCUCCCAGCAUAAGCGCCCCAGGCCUCCACUCCUUUCCAGGGAGUCAUGCUAUGUAUGUACCAGGUUACAUAACCAAUGGUAAUAUUCAGAUGAAUGUCCCAAGAAAAUCACUGGGCAGGAGUGAGGAGGAGCAAAAGUGGGGCUUUAGCCGAACGAGCUCGGGGGGCUCCUUUUCCGUGCUGGGAGUUCCCACUGGCCCCCACCCUGACGCGCUUCCACCAUGCAGAAUCCUCGACCUGGAAGCUGUGCAGCUGGAGGAGGAGGUGACUUUAUCCUGGACAGCGCCUGGAGAAGACUUCGAUCGGGGCCAGGCUAACAGCUAUGAAAUAAGAAUGAGUAAAAGUCUACAGAAUAUUCAAGAUGAUUUUAACAAUGCCAUUUUAGUGAAUACCUCAAAGCUAAAUCCCCAACCAGCUGGCACCAAGGAGAUAUUUACAUUUUCACCAAAGCUUUUCACAAAUGGACCUGAACAUCAACCUGAUGGAGAGACACAAGAAAGCCACAGAAUUUAUGUGGCAAUACGGACAAUAGAUAAGAACUCCUUAAAAUCUGCAGUAUCUAAUAUUGCUCAGGCAUCAUUGUUCAUUCUUCCAAAUUCUGCUCCUGUACUUGCCAGAGAUGAUCUUAUAUUGAAAGGAGUUUUAAUAGCAAUGGGUUUGAUAGGAAUCAUUUGCCUCACUAUAGUUGUAACACAUUGUAUUUUAAACAAGAAAAGGAGAGCAGACAGAAAAGAAAAUGGAAUAGAAUUACUAUGAACAAAAUUACCUUGGUUCUUAAAUGCAAAACCCAUGCCCUUUGCACUUUACAAAAACAUACCAAUAAAAACAAAUGAACAUCAAAACUGUUAAAAGUGCUUUGAAUUUUGCAUACUACAGAUCAUGUUUUUACAUAAUAAAAAGACAAAAACUUUUAUAACCCUCAUUUUGAGGGUAAAGUAGAAAGCCCUUACAUUUAGGCUAUGAAUAAAAUAAUAAAAAUUAUUUUCCAAGAUAAUUCUUUAAAGACAAACAAGGCAAGGUCAAAGUUGAAUCAGAGUCAAGAAAAGCUCAUUUUAUUGAAGAGAAAAAAAUAGCCCAAAGUAGAGAAGAGGAUGUCUGAAUGAUAUAAGCAAUUGUUUAGUUACUUUAAUUUUUUUCAUUCUCUCUAUCUCUUCAGAACAGAUUGCUUGUUUAUGACUAAAGAUCAAUGUGCAUUUUAUAUAUGGUGCCUCUUGUAAAAUUCUUUACCUCUAGCCAUUUGGUUAGCUAUACCACAGAUCACUGUGAAAAUUAACCUUAAAAUGUGGGUAUUAUCCUUUUCCCCUGACCCUGGUUUUGUAACAGAGGUCUGUUGAAUUUAUUGUUUCUCAGUUUUUACUCUCAUCAAAGUAGCUUUCCAAGUUAUUGUCUUAGGUGUUAUUUGAAGCAAAUGGUUAUAAUUUUCAUAAGGCUUUAAGUAAAAAAUAAAAGACAUAGUUCUAAACUUAUUUUAAUACAUACAUAGGCUACAUAGUUUCAUUCAAUUUCAACCCAAGAAGAGGUCACAGGAGAAAGGCCUUUAGAAAUGAUUAACUGAUUCUGUUUUUUGUUUAACUAAGACUCCAGGAAUCCUUUCUUAAUCAGGGGUUAUUUAUAUUGAUCAAGGGAAUGGGGAACAAACUGAGAGAGGGAAGCAUAAGUCAGAAGGAAUUAAAAAUCAUCUUUCAUCUAAUCUUAUUUCUCUUAUUUUUAAAGAAAGAUUAUUGAGCAAUAGAAUCACUUGCCGUAUAUAUUAAAGAACUGGAAACUUUAUUGGGUAAAUACAAACAACAAUGUAGAAUGGAUGUUAUACAAUCAGGACCAAAUAAAAGAAAAAAUUAGGUUAAGUUUUGGGGAUGGGGGAAGAAAUUGUGGUGAAUUGGGACAAGAAAAAGCAACAGAGGGUGAAGCCUUGAGUAAGAGCCUCAGAGCAGCACAGGGGGAAAAAACAACCAACAAAUCUCUCUACCUAAGCUGCCUCCUUGCAGUUCAUACUACACCCCAGGUCCGGCCUAUCACAUUCUAAGCCCAUAGUGCCUAAAUUCUUGCAGAUGGGAGAGUUUCAAGUACUCACUUGGCAGUCAGUCUCUCCUCCCUCUAAUGCCUGUUAACUUGGGAUUUGCUUCCCUGUAAUUUC